AUGAGCUUCAAAGCUGAGCGUUAUCACUCCAGAGCAGAGCAUGAUGGCAACAUCUUAAGAAGCAACAAAACUCAGAUCUUCUCAAAGCCUCCAGUGCCAUCUGAGGAGGAUUGUGCAAAAAUAGCAGAAUCUGUUCAGAAGUGUGUGCUGACGCUGUCUACAGUUUACUUUUGGGUACCAAAGAGUCAAGGAAUUACACUACAGAAGGCCGUUCGAGACGCCACCGCUGAGGUGUUGGAAGGACUAGUUCAGCUGUUGGACAUUAUUCACUCUUCUCCUUUACAGAGUUUAUCACAGGAGCAGCUAACAUCCACUGGAGGGGUUUGAGCGGCAUGUGACCACUUUGAUCAGCUUUCGAAAGAUAACCGCAGUGCUGUAUUACGAGUCGUGACAUCAUAUGUCGGUUUGGUGAAAGAUGCACUGGAAGAAAUGGAGCAGGCUCUGGCUGAGGCUCAGGACCAGUUUGGAGACAUCUUAGAUGAUGACGAUGAUGAUGAAAUGGUUUCCUGUGGUAACCAGGACAUGUACUAGUCGCAGUCGGACCGUCAGCUCAUCUCUCAGCGUGAGGGUCUGAUGACAGCAACCGCCGUGUGUUUGCGCAAACUCUCAUCAGCAAUCAUAAACAAAGGGAAAGAGGAAACGGAAGAGAAUAUCACACAGUUAGACGACCUGGCAGAUGCAGCGAAAGAAAUCAGCCCAAGUGUUGAUGAUCUCACUCUCAGUCUGUACCCACCUGUAGAUCACUCUGUAGUGGAACUAGUAGUGUGUAAACUGUCAUGUGCGUUGAAGAAAGUGCCGGAGAUCAUGAGGUGGUGUUGUGUGUGGAGGCUGAUGUGUCAUGGGUGGAGUGAAGUGCAUCACAACCUGGAGAAGAUCAAAUCAUAG